AAUCUCCGAGUUUAGUCCUUUUGAUUCAAUUUUUACCCUUUUUUUUCCGGUUUCUCUGACAGUAAUCUAUCGGCUCUCCGUAUUUGCGUCGCAGCUUUCGGGUUUCUUGUGAUCAAAGUUUCUUCUUCCUUCCCCCUUUAUCGUUAAUUAAAUACAGACUCUUCUUCUUCUUCUUCAUCUUCACCCUCUUGGGUCGCCUUCCUUUCGCCCUUUCUUCUUCUUUGAUGAGGAACGUUUAAGGUAGAGAAUGAGAGACGAUUCAACAGGAGGUACCAUGUUUGCAGAAUCGGACACUGUUUCCCGAUCUAAAUUCGGUAAUUUCCUACAUUCUGAUCCAAGUUUUCCAACUCCGACCGACGAAGACGAUAAUUUCCAACCUCGUAAAAGCAGCGUCUCUGAAGCGAGCCCUGCUUACUACGACCGCAGCCCCAUGAGUCCAGACAAUUCCCCUUAUAAUAUGUCCCCUUGGGAUGUGACUUCAUCUCCUUACAGCAAAUCUCCAUGGACAAGAACCUCUCCUAUAAGUCCCUUCGAUGAGAAUUUCCCCACCAAUGGCUUAAUCGGAUCUUUAGUCCGUGAAGAAGGUCACAUUUACUCUUUGGCAGCUUCAGGGGAAUUGCUCUACACCGGAUCUGAUAGCAAGAACAUUCGCGUCUGGAAGAAUCAAAAGGAGUUCUCUGGUUUCAAAUCAAACAGUGGAUUGGUUAAAGCGAUAGUUAUCUGUGGUGAAAAGAUCUUUACCGGUCACCAGGAUGGGAAGAUUCGUGUGUGGAGGGUUUCCACUAAAAACCCUAGCGUUUACAAACGCUCCGGUGCUUUACCUACCUUGAAGGAAUUCAUUAAAAGCUCCCUCAAGCCAAGCAAUUACGUUGAGGUAAGGCGUCACAGGAAUGGUCUCUGGAUCAAGCAUUUCGAUGCUAUAUCUUGUCUCAGCUUGAAUGAGGAUCAAGGUUUGCUCUACUCUGGUUCCUGGGAUAAAACCUUCAAAGUUUGGAGAAUCAAAGACUCUAAAUGCUUGGAAUCGAUAAACGCUCACGACGACGCCGUGAACUCCGUCGUCGCCGGUUUCGAUGGUUUGGUCUUCACCGGCUCGGCCGACGGCAGCGUUAAAGUGUGGCGGAGAGAAAUAAGUGGAAAAGGAACGAAACACUUCUUUUCACAUACAUUGCUGAAACAGGAAUGUGCAGUAACGGCGUUAGCCGUGAAUCCGUCGUCGUCAAUUGUUUACUGUGGCUCAUCUGACGGACUCGUUAACUUCUGGGAGCGUGACAAGCAGCUUUCACACGGUGGAGUCCUCAGAGGACACAAACUGGCUGUCCUAUGUUUAGCUGCGGCUGGGAAUCUUGUGUUCACUGGAUCUGCUGACAAGACAAUAUGCGUAUGGAGAAGAGAAGGUGGGAAUCACUCGUGUCUUUCGGUUUUAACGGGUCAUACCGGACCCGUUAAAUGCUUGGCCCAUGAAGAGGAUCGAGAAUCAACGGCUAGUGAUCAACGAUGGAUCGUGUACAGUGGAAGCCUUGAUAAAUCGGUGAAGGUGUGGAGGGUUUCGGAGCAAGCUCCUGAUCUGCAACAAAUGCAAGCCAUGCAGAAUUACAUGGCAGAGAGUUACGCGAAUCAAGAUGGUUACACCACCAAUCAGAGCUUCUCAUUCCCGGGCACUGGAAAGAAACGGCACUGAUCUGAUUAUGAGAUUCCAUGGGAGAUGGAGUGUGGAAGUUUUCCUCCACCUUCAUGUCUCAACGUGGAUAAUGAAAGAAGCGCAACUGCGGGUGGGGCCACCUGACUAAUGUGAUCCGAAUUCCGACGUUUUGAUUGAUUAUCAAGAUUCAAGAGGGAUAUCAUAAAGGGGAUUGGUAAAUUUGAUAGUGGCUGUAAAUAGCCCUUUUUUAUUAUUAUUUUAGGGAAAAAUGUUUUCAAUCUUAGAGUGUAACCAUAUAUCAGCAUUCUCGUGUGUCUAUCUUUCUCCUUCUUUUCUAUAAAAUGAUAUUUCUAUCCCAAUAAGGGAAGGAGAGAGAUAGACCCAAGGGGCAUUGAUAUAGGCCACACUUUUAGACAAAAAAACUCCUUCCCUUAAUUUUAUUUUGGGGAAAGGGUCGUAACUCGCAAGAGUGGCCCAAUUUGUGGUUGUUGUAAUUGGUAACUGUAAUACUAAUGGUACAACUAUAUAAUUGCUGGUCCACAAAUUGUAAACUUUAGAAGUUAAAUCUGAAUUAAUUUCCCACAA